AUGGAAAAUAACCAAUUUGAUAAUGACUUGACCCUCAUGUCCUCCUUGACAAAUGCAACUAACCUCAACCGUCUGUAUAUGCAAAACAACGCGUUUGGAGGGACAUUUCAUGAGUUUUUCAGCAACCUUUCAAGUAAUCUGGCGUUUGUAGACUUGUCAAGCAAUCAGUUUUCAGGACAUAUCCCGAUAGACAUUGGGAAAUUCGUCAACUUGGAAGAGCUUAGGCUGAGCGGAAACCAACUCACAGGUAUCAUCCCUUCGACUAUUGGGAAGCUUUAUAAGCUACGAUAUUUACACCUGUCCCAAAACAGAAUUUCGGGUAGUAUACCCUUUUCCAUUGCAAAUCUGAGCCUUUUAACAGAGUUAAAUCUUGAUCAUAACAAUCUUAGAGGUAGAAUACCUUCAAGUGUUGCAAAAUGUCAAAGUUUGUUGUACCUUAACCUGAACCAAAACAAUUUAAUCGGUUCGAUACCUAAAGAAAUUUGUCUCAUAUCUUCCUUAGUUGUUCUAAACCUUUCUAGUAACAACUUGACUGGCGCACUUCCCAAAGAAAUCGAAAGCCUGAAAAAUCUCUUAUCAUUAGAUGUCUCUUUGAAUAAUCUCAAUGGUGAAAUUCCUAGUACACUUGGGAGUUGUGUGACAAUUGUUAACUUAACAAUGAAAAGGAAUUUAUUCCACGGGAUUAUUCCUUCCACUUUCAGUUCACUAAAGAGUCUUCAAGUUUUAGAUCUUUCGCGGAAUAAGCUAUCAGGUAUGGUUCCAAAGUACUUGGAAGGAUUUGCCUUACAUUUCUUAAACUUAUCGUUUAAUGAUUUUGAAGGUGCCCUUCCACAACGAGGCAUCUUUGAGAACGCGAGUGUAGAUUCUUUCGUUGGAAAUCCUAGAAUCUGUGGUGGUGUACCUGGCUUGAAACUUCCCAAUUGCAACUUCAGUCAUUCAAAGAAAAUGAACUUUAAGCUUGUUAUUUUAGUAAUAUUAGGAAUUUUGGGGCUAGUUGUUAUGGUUUGUGCUUUUUUCUUCUAUCGAUUCGAAAGGUCCAAAAGAACAUUUCCUUCAUUAGAUAACAAUCUAAACCAACUCAUAGCUAUGUCCUAUCAAAGUAUUCUCAAAGUUACCAACGGGUUUUCUACGAGCAACUUGAUUGGUGUUGGGAGUUAUGGAUAUGUUUAUAAGGGAAUUUUAGAAACGGAUGGUAAGCACGUUGCUAUAAAAGUAUUGAAUCUUUUACAAUAUGGAGCUAUCAAAAGUUUCAUAGCAGAAUGUGAGGCCUUGAGAAAUGUUAGACAUCGGAAUUUAGUUAAGCUACUUACUGCAUGUUCUGGUGUUGAUUAUCAUGGCAACGAAUUCAAGGCAUUGGUUUACGAGUUUAUGGCCAACGGAAGUUUGGAGGACUGGUUGUAUCCAGAUAAUUCAAGACCAAAUGUUCAGCCAAGAAGGUUAGGAUUUCUACAAAGGAUGAAUAUUGCUAUUGAUGUUGCUAGUGCAAUUCAUUAUCUUCAUAAUGAUUGUCAAAUAUCAAUAGUUCAUUGUGAUCUCAAACCAAGCAAUAUUCUCCUUGACAAUGAAUUGGUUGCCCAUGUUGGUGAUUUUGGAUUGGCAAGAUUCCUACAUCUUACUGAUGAAACCACUUGUAGAAUUCAGACAAGCUCUUCAACUUUUAAAGGAUCUAUUGGCUACAUAGCUCCAGAGUAUGGUAUGGGAAGCGAGGCAUCAACGCAAGGUGAUGUGUAUAGUUUUGGUAUCGUCUUGCUUGAAAUGUUAACUGGGAAAAGACCAACAGAUGACAUGUUUGGCGGCGAUUUAAGCCUUCAUGAUUUUGUUAGGAAUGCCAUGCCUGAUGGAGCACUUGAGAUAGUAGAUCCAGUUCUUAAUUUUGAAGAGGAAGAGAUAAGCAGAGAGAGGUCUCAAAUUCCAAGGUUCAUGAGAAGGCAAAAAAUGGUAGAGGGUUUGAUUUCCUUAUUUGGAGUUGGUAUUGAUUGUUCAAUGUAUGAUUCAAGUAAAAGAAAAAACAUGAAGGAGGUUGUUAGAGAGUUGUGUUCUAUAAGAGAUUCUCUUGUUGGUUGUACAAUAUGA